UAUCUUCCUGGGCACAUUCACACAGCCAAGGACUGACUAGACAAGGACACUAACUUGCCAUCACCAUGAAGCUGCUUGCCCUGACUGUGCUGCUCCUGACCAUCUGCAGCCUAGAAGGAGCCCUGGUUCGAAGAGAGGCACAAGAUCAGGGAGUACAGAGCAUCUUCUCUCAGUACUUCCAGAAGCUGACUGAUAUUGGCAAGGAUCUGGCAGAGAAGGUUAAAGCCCCAGAGGUGCAGACUCAAGUCCAACAAUAUUUUAAGAAGUCACAAGAUCAAGUGAUCCCACUGGCCCAGAAGGCCCUAACAGACACGAUGUCCUUUUUCAGCUCUCUUGUGGAGGCUGGCAAGAAGGAUGCUAGCAAGUAGUUUUCCUAUCCCCAGCUUGCCUUUGAACAUCCAUAUUAUAGAACUUCAGCCCAACCUCCCCAACCCUUUCAGCCCAGUCCUUUCCUUCCCACUCCCUGAACAUCUAUUUUCUACAAUAAAUGCUACAUGAGCCAC